ACCUAGUAAACAGAUUAUUACAAAUUGCAAACCCUCGCCAAUUCUGAUUUCAAGCCAUUCUGCACUCUUCCGUCGAUCGCCUUUUGAAGCAGUAGCCAUGUCGCUCAGGCCAAGCGCGAGAACUGAGGUUCGCCGGAACCGCUACAAGGUAGCUGUCGAUGCCGAUGAGGGCCGCCGAAGGAGGGAGGAUAACCUAGUUGAAAUCCGCAAGAGCAAACGCGAGGAGAACUUGCAGAAGAAGCGCCGAGAGGGCCUGGCACAGGCUCAGCCCUUCGCGACACCACUUCAAUCAUCCGCCCUUGAUAAGAAGCUAGAAACUCUUCCAAACAUGGUCGCUGGUAUCUGUUCAGAUGAUAGAAAUUUGCAACUGGAAGCCACGACACAGUUUCGGAAGUUGCUUUCCAUUGAGAGAAGUCCUCCAAUUGAGGAAGUCAUUCAAGCUGGCGUUGUUCCACGCUUUGUUGAGUUUCUUAUGAGGGAGGAUUUCCCAGAGCUUCAGUUUGAGGCUGCAUGGGCCCUAACAAACAUUGCAUCUGGAACCUCGGAGAAUACAAAAGUGGUAAUUGAUCAUGGUGCUGUCCCAAUAUUUGUGAAGCUUCUCGCAUCUCCGAGUGAUGAUGUUCGUGAGCAGGCUGUGUGGGCAUUAGGAAAUGUUGCCGGUGACUCGCCCAAAUGCCGUGAUCUUGUUCUUAACCAUAGAGCAUUGGUUCCUUUGCUAGCUCAAUUGAACGAACAUUCCAAACUUUCAAUGCUAAGAAAUGCCACAUGGACUUUAUCAAAUUUCUGCAGGGGCAAGCCACAGCCUCCGUUUGAGCAGGUGAAGCCUGCACUUCCUGCUCUUGAACGUCUUGUUCAUUCUAAUGAUGAAGAGGUCUUGACUGAUGCCUGCUGGGCACUUUCCUAUCUUUCUGAUGGCACUAAUGAUAAAAUCCAAGCUGUUAUUGAGGCAUGUGUUGUUCCUCGACUUGUGGAGCUCCUCCUUCAUCCAUCUCCUUCAGUGCUCAUUCCUGCACUUCGUACUGUUGGAAAUAUUGUGACGGGGGAUGAUUUCCAGACUCAGUGUGUAAUAAGUCAUGGCACACUCCCUUGCCUUCUGAGCCUUCUGACACAUAAUCAUAAAAAGAGUAUCAAGAAAGAGGCUUGCUGGACUAUCUCUAACAUUACUGCUGGAAAUAAGGAACAGAUUCAGGCUGUGAUUGAGGCAGGUUUAAUUGCCCCCUUAGUAAAUCUGCUUCAAAAUGCUGAAUUUGACAUAAAGAAAGAAGCUGCUUGGGCAAUUUCUAAUGCUACUUCUGGUGGUACACACGAUCAAAUCAAGUAUCUGGUGAGUCAGGGAUGUAUUAAACCAUUGUGUGAUCUCCUUGUAUGCCCUGAUCCAAGGAUUAUCACAGUUUGCCUUGAAGGGUUAGAAAACAUUUUGAAAGCCGGAGAGAAUGAGAAGAACGUGGGCAACACUGGAGAUGUCAAUUUCUAUGCUCAGAUGAUAGAUGAUGCUGAAGGGUUAGAAAAGAUUGAAAAUCUGCAGAGUCAUGAUAACAAUGAGAUAUAUGAAAAGGCUGUUAAGAUUCUUGAGACAUAUUGGUUGGAAGAUGAGGAUGAGACAUUACCUUUGGGAGAAGAAUCCCAGCAAGGCUUUCACUUUGGUGGGAAUGAUGUUUCAGCUCCAUCAGGUGGAUUCAAUUUCAGCUGAAGAAUAUAUGGUUGAUUCAAUGGAGAUCCGUAAAAUGUUGGUGGUCACAUUAUUUUAUGUCUGGGUCAAGUUGGGUCUUGUCAUGGCACCUGGGCUCGUCUGAUCGGUGUCUGGUCCAGCGUCUGUUAUGGUGGUGGUCGUAAGAGGUGCCUAGGAGGGUCAUUUUAUACUACAAUGUCAGAAAUAAAUGAAGAUGGGAGGGUACAGUUGCAACAUGGUGGGUUGGUCAGCAUAGUGGUAUUUUGGCUUUUACUAUGUGGAAUGCCACAGAAAUGUCCCAGAGGCUGUUAUUGCCUCGGAUUGGGAUUUGAUUGCGGAUUUGAGUGUAUGUUUUGAGUCUAAGUUGUAUGAGUAACUUCUAUAGAGUCGGUAUUUCUUUUAUAUUCUUGUGUGAGGAUAGUUUUCAUGAACUUCGAUCUUGUAAUGUAUUGCAACUUGCAAGUUAGAAGACGAGUCAGUAUUGUUUUUUGUGUUGUCACUUGAUCACAAAAUAUAUAUAAUGGCAAGUUGUGGUUGGUCUUGGUCAUAUAUUCAUAUGGAAAACAUAUUUCUGUUGGUACUAGUGUCUCAUCCAUAUGCGUUGGGAAGAUUAAAGUGCUGUUAGCUGACCUGCACUAGAUGGCUCUGCUAUUGGAUUUGAAAGCAUGUAAAAUUUUCCUUGUUCUUGUAUUAUUUAUGGGUUUCAUUCGUUUCUUUUCAAAA